AUGCACUGCGACCGUAGACGCGAGCACAAGAAAAAGCGGCUUGCAAAGAAUCGAAAGUACAUGCAAGACCUCCAGGCCGAACGAGUCGAGCUUCUCGGAAGUCUUAAGGACUUGGUCGCUCGUACUGACCCUUCGUCAGAUGAACACGCUCGCUCUCAAGCACUGAUCAAAAGGGUAUGUCAUACGUGCCCUCUAUCUGAUGAUGAUCAUUCGGAUGACUACUUCCCGACGCCGGAUCGAAGUCGUCGCGGGUCAUUUCCAGGCACUAGCAAAGCAGAGAACCCCGAACACAAAGGUUCUGGCGACAAACAGAGUCACUCAUCCACAGAAGGAUCAUGGGGCAGCCAACAAGACCUGGCGGAACCUACGGAUUUCGACUACGGAAACGGCAUGCCUGGUUACGUCGGCAAGAUGGCUACGUCCGCUUGGAUCAUCCGGGUCAGAGACCGUCUGGGGAUGAAUCCACCGUCGGCAGACAAUAUCGAGUCAAGGCACCUUCAAGAAAGCCGUUCUCCUAAUUACUUUCAUGAAGAUCAAAAUCUGCUGGCGAUUGAUGAGGACCAUGUUCAUCCCUACACGCUACCAACCUGGAUGGCCGCUCAGGUUCUCACCGAGGCCUAUUUCGAAUCUCUGCAAGAUACCUUUCAGUUCGUUCAGCGCAAGACUCUGAUUCGGGAUCUUGCCGAGUUGUACCGCACGGCCACGAGUACACACACGGUGCCGUGGCCGAAAAGACGUUUUCUAGCAUUACUCAACAUGAUCUGGGCGGUUGGUGCUAAAUGGUUGCAAGUUACCGGCCUCAACAGACAUAGUCAGAACAGCGAUUUCGUUGAUGAAGAGCUUGAUGGUCACUUGAUUUACUAUGCUCGUGCACGAGCCCUCGGCCUUGAUCAUCGAAUGGCACUCGACAAUCCGGACCUCACAGUGCUGCAAGGUAUGAGUGUCUUGACGUUCUAUCUGAUUAUGAAUUCGAGCAUUCACAGAGCAUGGGCCGUUUGCGCUCAAACAGUACGAUAUGCCAUUGGACUUGGCCUUCAUCGUCGACCGUCACCCAAAGCAUUCUCAACAGCCGAAAUCCACCAGAACCUCUUCACUUGGUGGUCGAUAUUCAGACUGGAGGUUCUACUGUCCGAAAUCACCGGUCGCCCCACGUCUCUCAACGUCGACGAGAUCAGUACUUCACUGGAAAGACUGUCUGAUCCCACGGCGAGAUUGGAAGAUCAAACCAUGGUUGACGCCGACCCGUACGGGGACGAAACAUUUGAAGAUGUCUUCAGAGCGACCUGGCUGGCAUUCCUCGAUCAGAAGCGCGAUGAUAGCGAGAAUCUCCCGGACACCCACAACGCCGACACGCCACGGUCCGAGACCGACAUGCAAGCAGGAUUCAAAGCCGCCGUCCAUAUGAGCCUUCUGGGCAAGAGGAUCGCCACUCGUCUGUAUUUCAGCCACAGCAACCACACAUGGCCAGAGGCCCCCGCGGCGGUACGCGGAUUCGAGUUACACAUCGCCGAAUGCUCCCGGGAUCUUCCUCGCGAACAUCCUAAAUUGGGCUCUAACACGAGCUCAAGAUCUGCGGCUCUGUUGAGCCUGGAAAUGUAUCUGUGCAGCCUCCAGAUGGUCCUCUACCGGCCAUUCAUUCGUGACUACAACCUGACGGAAAAGCCCGACGAGAAGCCCGACGAGAAGCCCGGCGAGCGCGCCGAGUUCUGUCGGCGAUGUACUCGCGCGGGCCUCCAAGCCGCACUCCGGAUGACCGAAGUGCUUCCAGACGAGGCUGUAGCCGCCUACGUCCUCAAGGUGUUACCCUGGUGGAUGCUGACGCACUACAUGAGCCAAGUGGUCGCGGUGAUACUGCUGAGCCUGUGUCUGCAAGACAACAAUGACGCGCGCGAGCACGCUCCUCAGGUGGUACAAGCCACCACAAAGGCCAUGAACUGCCUGGCCAUGGUGGCCCCGGCGUCGAGAAGCGCGUACCGCGCCUGGAAGAUUCUGACCGUUCUGCUGCGCUGCAUGGCCAGUCGAGGCAUCGAGUUCCCGCCAAUGGAAGAGGCGCCCGCCCCGCCCGAUUGGAGCUCCGAGGACGAGGCGAGCCUGCACGAUUGUCUCGUGAGUCUUGGUCUCGUACGUAAUUGA